CGACCCGACCCGUUGCUCUCUCCACUCCUCGAUCUCUUUCAAGGAGGAGGAGGAGGAGGAGUAGAAAGAAAAAGGUAAGGUGAAAUGGGUAUUCAGAAUCCAUUCAUUUUCUUCUUUUUCUUGUUCACAUUGCAUAGAAGUUCAGUUGAAUCUUUGAAUAAAGAAAGAGAGGCAAUAGAAUUAAAAGGAGGACCAAAAGAUGUAGCAUGGGUGGUUCAAUUAUCUGAUCUUCAUUUCAGUGUUCAUCAUCCUGAAAGGGCCCUUAACUUCUCAAAUAUUGUGGGUCCCACUCUUUCCAUGAUCAAUCCUUCUUUGGUCUUCAUCACUGGUGACCUUACUGAUGGAAAGAGCAAGGAUUUACUAACAAUGAAACAAGAUGAAGAGGAGUGGCUAGAAUACCAGAAAGUCCUUGAAGAUGUCACUAAAAGGAGUGGACUGAAGAAGAACAUGUUUUAUGAUCUCCGAGGAAAUCAUGAUGCUUUCGGUGUACCCGCCUUUGGGGGAAAAUUUGAUUUUUACUCAAAAUAUAGCAUUAACGGGCAGCUAAAAAGAAGCGGACUGGUCAAUAGUGUCACUAUUCAGACUGGUGAACGCAAUAUUCUGUUCGUUGGAUUUGACAGCGCUAUGUCUUUAGGUCUUCGGGGACCAACCAAUCUAUUUGGUCAUCCCACUGAUCAACUAUUAGAUGAUUUAAGCUCUGAGCUCUCGGUACUAGAUUCUCAACCCGCAAAAUCUGUUAUCAAGAUUGCUUAUGGGCAUUUCCCACUUUCAUUUUCUGCAGCAUCACGUUCUGGAAGAACCCUGAAGCAUACAUUUCUGACGCAUAACUUGUCAGCUUACUUAUGUGGGCAUCUGCAUACAAAGUUUGGUAAGAAUUUAAAGCGGCGUCAUGAGUCAAAUCAACAUCCCUUUUACUCUCACAAUCUUUUCCAGUUGAAUGGACAUGGAUCGCAUCUGGGUAAUUCGAAAACUUGUUCAGAUGGGGCAACUGAAUUUAAAGAGUUCUGGGAGUGGGAAAUGGGUGACUGGAGAAAAAGUAGAGCAAUGCGCAUAUUGGCCAUCGAUAGAGGGUGGACGUCUUUUGUUGAUGUUGACUUAAGAUUGGGAGCUAAGAAUGUUAUUAUAUUGCCAACAUUUCCUCUGGACUCUCGCUUUACUUUGGAGAGAUCGUUUCACAAAUGCAAGAUGGAUCCUUUAUACUUCAACAGUAUUAGAGCUCUUGUAUUUUCUUCUUCGCCGAUUGUGUCAGUCGUGGCUAGGAUCUACGACUCAAGUCCUGGAAGUCUUGUUAUAGUGUUGGAGACUCCUAUGAAAAAAAGUGGGGAUGCUUCAUCUAGGGCGGACCUUUAUACAUGUCCCUGGAACUUUAAAGCAUUCGAAGAUCCAUCUCCCGAUAGAUUUUUGUUGCAAAUAGAAGCAGUUGAUAUUAGAGGCAGAUCAACUUUGACUGAACUAAGGCCAUUCUCUGUUGACGGUCUUCGUGCUAGGCUUUCAUGGAAUUGGAAAGAGUUCAUGGUUAUGGGUUGUCAGUGGGAGGCUUUAUAUUACCCCAUAUUAUGGUCCUUUUAUUUGUUAACUCUUUCCGUCCUUCUCGUUCCAAAAGCUAUCUUUUUAUUUUCUAAGAAGCAGUAUACUUACAAGAAUUUCAUUAGUAAUAAAGGAGUGGUGAGUUGUGUUGCGUGGAUUCUAUCAGAGCUAUAUAAUAUUCCACUAGCUUGGCUCUCAAUGAUUGUUUACUUGUUUUACCUCAUUUUAUGUCCUUGGCUUUCUGGCCAAGUUUUCACCGAAGGAGGAGAAAGAGGAUACAUGACCUACAGGGGUUGGGUGCUGAGAUUGAACGAGAGGGAAAAGCUAGACUUUCACGGAUAUCCAGAUAUAAUGGUGAUCAUUUUUCCCCAUCUUUACUUUGUGGUGUUGCCUACAGUAAUUGUAAUUGGGGCGUUGGUGGCUGAGAGAGCAAUAUUCCAAGAUCAUCUUCGAGCUGUUUCUGCAAAAAAGGAAGAUGAUUAUUUGGUGACGAAUAAGGUAUCUGCAUCUACUAAUGGUAGAAAUAAGACGCUGACACUCCUCCAUAGGCGCUGGAUUAGGAAAAUACUUUUGUUAAUUUCUUCAGCAAUUUGUUGGAAGCAUUUUUUGAACUGCAGAGCUCUGAUCAAAGCUUAUGCAAUGAACCCAUUAAUCCAUUUCCCAAUAUAUAGCAUGUCGAUUCCUCUCUUUUUGGCCUAUACUAUCUACAAAACCAGCAGAGCUGAGUAGAAUUUUUGGAAGUGAACUACAUGUAAAGCCAUAAGUUUAAUGCAGAAGCCUGUGAAACAUACACCGGCUUAUUAGUAAAGAAGGCGUCAACAGAUUGCAGCUCUCUUUAGUAUCUAAAGCAUCUCAUGAGGGGCAAUAUGAAAGCUUCAAAUUCCAGUUGAUAGAAUAGUGGAAGCAUAGAAUGUUCUUUGUUAUAGACAUGGAAAUGCUGGUUACUAGAAUUCAGUCUUUAUGUAGUUUUACAGUUUUGUUGAAAAUGCAGCAUCGUGUUUGCAGCAAUGUAGAACUUCAGAUCCAUGUAAAAGUAUUAUACAUCAUAUGGGCUAAUUGAGGAAGUUAACAAGCAGCAAAAGAGAAGGUUAGUGAUUGUUGAAUAGAUUGCUGGCUAAAGCUUCCUAUUUUAUU